ACGGCAUAUCCACGCCACGCCUACUCGUUUAUUAGUUUCUGCUUGUAGAAUUGAUUGUUAUAUUUUAUUUCUUUACGCUAUUGAAGUAGUUCCAGUUCGAAGAUCUAUUGAAGAAAUCUACGAAAUUGAUAUCGUUUGAAUAAGAAGUACAUCCCUAAUACAAGGCCAAAAGAUGCCGGCCAGCGGCUUCGAUUUGUAUAACAUGCAAGACGCCAGAAAUAAUUUUGAUGCAAUGCGACCUACUCCGAUUUGUACUGAUGCCAAUCAAUUUAUGGGACAAUGUCAGAAUAUACACAUAUCGACGAAUUGUUACUACGGAUACCAUGAGCCGAAACGACCGCAAAAUGUUGAAGCGGCACCCGAUUGCGAAAUGGUAGAGGCUCCGCGUGAUGAUGCAAAUUCACCGCCACACAACCAUGGUAGAAAACGCAGCGCAGACGACGGCAAUCAUCAUCAGAUCAAGCGACCCCGACCAGAGGGUAUGGGGCCAUCCACCUCCACCUACAACCCCUGUUUACUGCGUCCAACCCACAACAACCCGGACAUAUCUCGUUGUCUCAUGGUCCAUAUGAUCUAAUCUCUACCAACUACCAAAUUGACAACAACCCGGAAACAAUUAUCUAAUUCAGAAAUAUUAAUUCUAUCUGCAGAGAUGCAAAGAGAGAAAAGCAAUGAACCUGAGACAAACGAGAACUUGAAAACGGACAGAAGUAAAGAAGAACUAUUGGAGACCUUAUAUUGGAAUAUACAUGGAGGGAACUUUAUUGAUUUCUUGCAGUGUUUGUGACAUGUACAAGUUGAAUAGUGAUUGGGACACUAACUUUAAAAAUAUAUGUAGUUAAGAUUUUUUUUCCAUUGGAUGCAUUGACUUAAGUUUUUCGUAAUAAAUUGAAAAGGGAAAA